AUGUCUGAAUUCGUGGGUCCAUUAGUCGGUGUUGUGGAGCACUCGACAAAUUAUGUCCGCUUUUCAGUGUUUGUGUCCCAAAGCGGACAAAUGAUUACAUAUUACCAGUUGGAGGUGAACAAGAUAUUGCCCCGGGAGGGCUGGAUAGAGCAGGACCCUGUUCAAAUCUACGAGACUGUGCUCCAGUGCAUAGAAGUGGUCACAUAUAAGUUGUCGCAAUUGGACAUUGGUUUGGAGCAAAUCAAAUGCGUGGGCAUUACUAAUGAACGCGAGUCCACUGUGGUCUGGGAUAAAGUAACAGGACAGCCAUUCUAUAACUGCAUCGUAUGGCUGGACAACCGGACCAACGAUUUGGUGGAGAAGAUCAUCGACGACCUGCCCGGCCGUGACAUCAAUUGGCUCAAGAAUAAGACAGGUCUGCCGAUUAGCACCUACUUCUCGGCGCCCAAACUCCGGUGGCUCAUCGACAACAAGCCCACCAUAGCUCAGGCCAUUAAAGAGGAACGCCUACUGUUCGGUACAAUCGACACAUGGCUUCUGUGGAAACUGACGGGUCAGCACAUGACGGAUGUGACAAACGCCAGUCGGACACUCCUGAUGGACAUCGAGACGUGCGAAUGGGACCCCUAUUUGUUGGACUUUUUUCAGAUACCGGCCUCCAUUUUACCGCACAUUAAGUCCUCUUCAGACUUUUUUGGCACUUUGAAUGUCACAGAUCUUAAGGGAUUACCCGUUACAGGUGUUAUAUCGGAUCAGAGCGCAGCACUGGUAGGUCAGAAGUGCUUCGGUGUGGGCGAGACUAAGGUCACGUGCGGCACCGGGUGUCAUAUAAUCCAGAACAUAGAGUGCCAAAAACAGGGACAGGCAAAGGGUGGGGAUUAA